UUCCUUGUCAGUAUUGCUUUCUCUUUACUAAUCAGUAAUCUCUCUAUCCCCUGUCUUGUGUUUCCUCCAUUGCAAACCAAGCUUUCUUUUCUUUUCAGCUUUAAAGCUCUCCCCCUCUCUUGUCUAUAUUUACACAUACCCCCCACCAAACUUUUCUCCCCCCAUUACUGUUAUUUCAAGGAUAAAAAGAAAUAAAGCUCACUUCUCUACCUACAUUUGUCCUUCAAAGAUUGGAUUUUUAGCUGCUUUUCUCAUUAAUUAUCUUUGCCCCACUUCUGGGUUUUUCUUAUAUUGCUUUUUUGGAUUCCAAGUAAAAUCAAGAGAACUGCAGGUGUAAAUUGAACUUCAAGUUAAUUUAAGCUUGUGGGAUCCAGGAGGAAAUGGGAUAACUUGCAGAGCAGAGCACAUUUCGGUUUCCUAUAUUUAAUUACUAAGAUGUCUUCUGGUGGUCUAGAGGAAGAAUUAUCAAAGAAAACAUCAAUUUCAGGCAUGAAGCUAUGGGCAGUGAUUGGCAUAUGCUUUGGUGUAUUUAUAGUGUUGGCUCUUUGCAGUUUAUAUAUGUGGCUUACAUUCCGGAGAAAAUCUAAAAGAAACCUCAAUAACUACACCUUUUCUCAAAUACCCUAUGUUGCAAAAGAUAUCGGGGUUGACAGAUCAGGAGGCAAUAAUCGCAGUGAUCAUCCAGAAAGUUUUUCUAUGACAGGUAAUGAUAAAUCAAGUGACAAGAAUUCUGAAAAGAUGUUGGUGCAACUAGGUGCAAUUAAAUCUGGGGACACUGACAACAUUAGCCAGUGCAGUUCAGUUUAUCAUCAUGAGAGGACCUAUAGUUCACAUUCUGUAGAAGACGGAUCUUCAGGGAAUGUCCAGAAGCAGUCAUCAUACAGAAUUGGAAUGGCUUCUCCUCUGAUUGGUUUACCAGAAAUGUCUCAUCUUGGCUGGGGUCAUUGGUUUACUCUUAGAGAUCUUCAGCUAGCCACAAGCCAUUUUUCUGCAGAAAAUGUGAUUGGUGAGGGUGGAUAUGGAGUGGUUUAUCGUGGUGUACUAAUCAAUGGGUCUGAAGUAGCAGUAAAGAAACUUCUUAAUAAUAUGGGACAGGCUGAGAGGGAAUUCAGAGUCGAAGUGGAGGCAAUAGGUCAUGUCAGGCAUAAAAAUCUUGUGCGGCUUCUGGGAUAUUGCGUGGAAGGAGUUCACAGGAUGCUUGUAUACGAAUAUGUUAAUAAUGGGAACUUGGAACAAUGGCUUCAUGGAGCCAUGCGCCAACAUGGUGUCCUCACAUGGGAAGCACGCAUGAAGGUCCUUCUUGGUACUGCGAAGGCGCUUGCUUAUUUGCAUGAAGCUAUUGAACCAAAAGUUGUUCACCGGGACAUAAAAGCUAGCAAUAUCCUGAUUGAUCAUGAAUUCAAUUCAAAAGUAUCUGAUUUUGGAUUAGCCAAGCUGUUGGAAUCAGGUGAAAGCCACAUAACCACCAGAGUAAUGGGAACAUUUGGAUAUGUGGCUCCAGAGUAUGCUAACACCGGCAUGUUGAACGAGAAGAGUGAUAUCUAUAGUUUUGGGGUGCUCCUGUUAGAAGCAGUAACUGGAAGGGAUCCCGUAGACUAUGGUCGGCCUGCUAACGAGGUUAACCUGGUCGAAUGGCUGAAAACGAUGGUCGGGAAUAGAAAGACUGAAGAAGUUGUGGAUCCGGACCUUGAAACUAAACCCUCCACCCGUGCUCUAAAACGUGCACUUCUAGUUGCACUUAGGUGUGUUGAUCCUGAUUCAGUAAAACGACCUAAAAUGAGUCAAGUUGUUCGGAUGCUUGAAGCUGAUGAUUUCCCUUAUCGCGAGGAUCGUAGAAACCGGAAGACCCGAACAACAAGCAUGGAAAUUGAAUCCAUGAAGGAAAGUGAUUCAGUUGACAUGGAUAGCCAGACAAGAGAAUCAGAAACCCGAAGACCCGAGACUUUACAAGAAUAAGACUUGCGAGCCAACACAUGAGUUUGAUGGAAAAACAUUCUCCCCAGGCCAGUCUUUGAAUCACCAGUAUUAUGUAAUGCAUGCUCAAAAAGAUGUCCGGAAUUUUACAGCAUGCAAGACACCAGUCUGCCAUAAGUCACAGUUUUGAAUAGAGCGAGACGGAGAGAGUUUAUUAUGUACAGGAAUUUUCUGAGAAGCCAUAGGCUGUUCUUCAUAAUCAAUUCAAAACAUUAUGUUCUUCUCCA